UCCCGUAGAUGGCACUACUGAGCCAAGUGUCCUCAUCAAGUUUUUCUCCUCAGCAGUCUCGUUGCCUGUUUGGAUCCGACGGCAAUGCCCUGUUUUCGUCUUUGUUUUUCCAUACCAGCAAAUACUUAACAUAACACGUUAACAUCCCAAGACGAUAGGAUGGACGAAUAUCACAACGAGGGCUCGUUCAAUGCGGAAGAAGCCGACAGCAUUGUCAAAGAGUGUAUUGAGAAUGUAGUGGGUAACGAGGACUACAACCAAAGUUUGGUGAACAAAUGGACCUCCGCUAUAGUAGAGCGCUGCCUCACACAGCUGGUCAAACUGGGGAAACAGUACAAGUUCAUAGUUACGUGUGCCCUGAUGCAGAAAACUGGCGCCGGCCUGCACACAGCAAACUCCUGCUACUGGGACACGGCCAUGGAUGGAAGUUGCACUGUGAGGUGGGAAAGCCGCACCAUGUACUGUGUGGUCAGUGCGUUUGCCGUGGCCAUCGUGUAGCGUGGUGACAAUGACCAAGAGGCACAGCACAGGGCCUCCAUGUUCCACUUCCACACACCGGCUGUGACUUUAUACCCCACGGCAGCAGCUUUCUGUAAUGUGUAUCAUUUUGAAAAUCAUUUUUAAAAAAAUGGGACUGCAUGCUGCAGCUACACUUGUGUUCAGUCUGUUGCCAUAGAAAUGCUUAACACAUCAGAAGGAAUGCUUGUCUAUUUAUGAGCAACUCAUCGAAUGAUUAAAACAAAAUGCAUGUCCAA